CUAAUGACUAGUAAAAAUUUCCUACUUUGACGUAUGCAUUUGCAACUUUCUCAAUGUAAGAUAUAUAAAUUUUAAGAUUUCUUAUAGCACAUAUAAACCUAAUUCCACAUAUAAAUACAUAUGAUUAUUCCCUCUUCAAAACUCACACCCAAAUAUGGAUUUCUUCACUACCUUCUUCACCUUCACAACUUCUGUCAUACUACUUCUCUUCUUAUACUUUUCUCUCUUCAUACUCAAAAUCUACAGCAACAAAUCCAUCACAAACAGGGAAUAUGCACCCGUUAUGGGGACAGUUGUUAAUCAGAUCUUCCAUUAUAAGAAACUGUUUGACUACCAGACUGAACUUGCCAAAAAACAUCCAACUUUCCGGUUACUGACUCCAGAAAAUAGCAGGAUAUUCACAACUGAUACACGAAACGUUGAACAUAUUCUUAAAACCAACUUUGAUCAUUAUAUAAAGGGGGAGUAUAGUCAAGAGACCUGCAGAGAGCUUUUUGGAGAAGGAAUAUUCACAGUCAACGGAGAUAAGUGGAAGAAGCAAAGAAAGCUUGCAAGCUAUGAGUUCUCAACAAGGGUUCUUAGAGAUUUUAGCUGUUCUGUGUUUAGAAAGCAUGCUGCCAAACUUAUUAGAGCUAUUUCUUUGUUUUCAGUUGCGAAGGAGGCCUUCGAUAUGCAAGAUGUGUUACUGAAAUUCACUUUGGAUUCCAUAUUCAAAGUUGGGUUUGGGGUGGAAUUGAACUGCUUGGAGGGAUCUAGCAAAGAGAAUAUUGCUUUUAUGAAGGCCUUUGAUGAUUCGAAUGCUCUCGUCUGUUGGCGCUUUGUGGAUCCAUUCUGGAAGUUGAAAAGGUUUUUCAACAUUGGUUGUGAGGCCUCCCUUAAGAAGAAUAUCAAAGUUCUUGAUGACUUUGUGAACAAUCUUAUCAAGAGAAAGAGGACUCUGCUAGCAGGGCAACAAGAUUGUAAAGAAAAGGAAGAUAUACUUUCAAGGUUUCUUGUGGAGAGCGAGAAGGAUCCAGGGGAAAUGACUGAUCAGUAUCUGAGAGAUAUUAUUUUGAACUUUAUGAUUGCUGGCAAAGAUACUACUGCAGGUACUCUGUCAUGGUUCUUGUAUAUGCUCUGCAAGAACCCUUUGAUUCAGGAAAAAAUUGCACAAGAAGUGAGUCAAGUCAUCGGUUGUCAAAAGAAUGAAGACAACAUCGAUGAUUUCGUUGAAAAUAUAACUGAAGCAACACUGGAUCAAAUGCACUAUCUCCAUGCAGCAUUGGCAGAAACCUUAAGGUUGUAUCCUGCAGUUCCUGUGGAUGGGAGGUCUUCAGAAAUAGAUGACAUUCUUCCUGAUGGCUAUAGAGUUAAAAAAGGAGACAACGUAUCAUAUAUGGCCUAUGCCAUGGGCAGGAUGUCCUACAUUUGGGGUGAAGAUGCUGAGGAAUUCCGGCCUGAAAGAUGGCUCAACAAUGGAAUAUUCCAACCCGAAUCACCAUUCAAAUUCGUAGCAUUUCAUGCUGGUCCUCGGAUUUGCUUAGGAAAGGACUUUGCUUUUCGGCAGAUGAAGAUUGUAUCAAUUGCCCUUCAUUUCUUCCGCUUCAGAUUAGCAGAUGAAACAAGAAUUGUGACUUAUAGGACCAUGUUUACACUUCACAUUGAUGAAGGCCUACCUCUCCUUGCUAUUCCUAGGACGGCAUAAUAUUAGCUUAUCUCAAUACAAACUUCUGUACAUUAAUAUGUUUUGUAUAUGCAACACAUUCUGUCCCUUAUAAAGAAUUUUAUUUCUCUAGUUCAA